AUGGCGGAGAGCACGGAAUACAUGAUCAAGCCUGACGGCACCGGCCAGCAGCUAAACUUUUCAGAUUGGCCGCUGCUGCUCAAAAACUACGACAAGCUCUUGGUGCGUACGAACCACUUUACGCCGAUUCCCCACGGCUGCUCUCCCCUGAGCCGCGACUUGCCGUCGUAUGUGAGCAGCGGUGUGAUCAACCUGGACAAGCCGUCGAACCCCUCGUCGCACGAGGUCGUCGCUUGGAUCCGCCGCAUUUUGCGUGUGGAAAAAACCGGUCACUCUGGCACGCUCGACCCGAAAGUGACGGGCUGCUUGAUUGUGUGCAUUGACCGCGCCACGCGGCUUGUGAAAUCGCAGCAGGGUGCCGGAAAAGAGUACGUCGCUGUGCUGCGCCUGCAUGAAAAGCUUCCGGACGCUGCGCAGCUUCCGCGUGUGCUCGAGACGCUUACAGGCGCGCUCUUCCAGCGCCCCCCGCUGAUUUCUGCCGUAAAGCGCCAGCUGCGUAUCCGCACGAUUUACGAAUCCAAGCUUCUCGAGUUUGACAAUGACCGCCAUCUUGCCGUGUUCUGGGUGAGCUGCGAGGCGGGCACGUAUAUCCGCACGCUCUGUGUACACCUUGGGCUGCUCCUCGGUGUUGGCGGCCACAUGCAGGAACUUCGUCGCGUCCGUAGCGGUGCGCUCAGCGAGAGCGACAGUAUUGUGACGAUGCACGAUGUGCUGGAUGCGCAGUGGCUGUACGACAACCAGCGGGACGAGUCCUAUCUGCGCCGUGUAAUCCGCCCACUCGAGACCCUCUUGGUGGGCUAUAAGCGCAUUGUCGUCAAGGACAGCGCAGUCAAUGCCGUGUGUUACGGCGCGAAACUCAUGAUUCCCGGCCUCUUGCGCUUUGAGGCCAAUAUCGAGCUGAACGAGGAGGUGGUUUUGAUCACGACCAAGGGUGAAGCGAUUGCCCUUGCGAUUGCGCAGAUGUCUACAGUGGACCUCUCUACCUGCGACCACGGCGUAGUGGCCAAAGUCAAGCGCUGCAUUAUGGAGAGGGACACGUACCCCCGCCGCUGGGGCCUUGGCCCGCGGGCGCUCGAGAAGAAGAAGCUUGUCAAGGAAGGCAAGCUCGACAAGCAUGGCCACGAAAUCGAUGGCGUGACGCCCGAAAAGUGGUCGAAAGAGUAUGUGGACUACUCGCACACCGAGGCUGCUGGCGCUGAAGUGGCGCAAGAGCCCGCUGUCGAGGCUAGCAACGAGCUACAGAAGAAGCGCAAGGCCGACGAUGCGACGGAAGAGGACACGCAAGAGACGGACGAGGAGCGCAAGUGCCGCAAGAAAGAGAAGAAGGAGGCGAAGAAGGCCAAAGAGGCGGUGGACGAGGAGAAGAAGGAGAAGAAGGAGAAGAAGGAGAAGAAGGAGAAGAAGGAGAAAAAGGAGAAAAAGAGCGAGUGA